UAUUAUUCUCAUUUUAUAGAUGAGGAAACUGAAAGCCACUGAGAUUAAGGAGCUUGACAAAAACCAGACCAAACCAGGCCGAAAACAAAUAUAUGGCAGAGCCUUGAUUCUAACCCAACUAGUUUUGAUUCUAGUGCUAGAACUCUUAACCAAAGCAGUCUAUGCCUCUUAAGACCAACAUUUAGUAAAUAUGGGCCAUGUAAAUGAACAAUUUCAAAUCAAAGGACACUUUCAUCUAGUCUAUGUAGCUUUCUGGUGGGAUCUGGAUCAGCACCAAUCUAAGCACUAUUAAUCAUUGUGGUUGGGAAUUUUUGUUGGACAAAUCUCCCUUUCAGUGUCUCUGCUAAUUGUUAUUAAUGGAUGCCUGUAAAACACAUGUUAAUUAUUACAUUUUGGUUUGAGUACAGACUGUACAACAAAGAAACAACCCCUGCCUUUUGGAGUUCAGGUUUUAAAGAGAAGGCUUGAUAUAAUCAGUUAACAGGAAUGCUCUUCAAAGUGAAGUAGAGAAGCAUGGGAACUUGGAGCACAGAAAUUGGCCCAGUGACAAUUACCACAGAUCCCAAGAAAUUUCAGUAUGAACUCAGAGAACUGUAUGUUCAGGGUGGUGGUGAUUGUCCAGAAAUGAGUAUUGGAGCUAUAAAAAUUGCCUUGGAAAUUUCUCUUCCUGGCUCUUUCAUCUAUGUUUUCACUGAUGCACGGUCCAAGGAUUAUCAGCUCACUCAUGAGGUGCUCCAGCUUAUCCAACAGAAACAGUCACAAGUGGUAUUUGUGCUCACUGGAGAUUGUGAUGACAGGGGGCAUAUUGGAUAUAAAGUCUAUGAAGAAAUUGCUUCUACAAGUUCUGGCCAAGUGUUCCACCUGGACAAAAAACAAGUUAAUGAGGUGUUAAAAUGGGUAGAGGAGGCAGUGCAGUCCUCUAAAGUCCACCUCUUAUCAACAGAUCAUUUGGAACAAGCUGUAAACACUUGGAAAAUUCCUUUUGAUCCCAGCCUAAAAGAGGUUACUGUGUCUCUCAGUGGCCCUUCUCCAGGGAUUGAAAUUCGCAAUCCUUUAGGGAAGCUGAUAAAAAAGGGAUUUGGCCUGAAUGAGCUAUUAAAUAUCCAUAACUCUGCCAAGGUGGUGAAUGUUAGAGAGCCAGAGGCUGGAAUGUGGACAGUGAAGACUUCUAGCAGUGGAAGGCACUCUGUUCGCAUCACUGGCCUUAGUACUAUUGAUUUCCGAGCUGGUUUUUCUAGAAAACCCACCCUGGACUUCAAAAAAACAGUCAGCAGACCGGUGCAAGGAAUACCUACCUAUGUGCUGCUGAAUACUUCUGGAAUUUCCGUCCCAGCCAGAGUAGAUCGUCUUGAACUUCUGAGUAUCUCAGGCAGUUCUCUUAAGACUAUUCCUGUUAAAUACUACCCAGACCGAAAACCUUAUGGCUUGUGGAAUAUUUCUGACUUUAUACCACCAAAUGAAGCUUUCUUUCUCAAAGUAACAGGCUAUGAUAAGGAUGAUUAUCUUUUCCAGAGGGUAUCAAGUGUUUCCUUCUCUAAUAUCAUCCCAGAUGCUCCCAAAGUUACAAUGCCCAAGAAAACCCCAGGAUACUAUCUGCAGCCAGGCCGAAUUCCCUGCUCUGUUGAGAGUCUUUUACCCUUUACCCUGAGCUUUGUCAGAAAUGGACUUACGCUUGGAGUAGACCAGUAUUUAAAAGAAUCUGCCAGUGUGAACUGGGAGAUUGAAAAUGUCACUUUGUCUGAUGAAGGCGCCUACGAAUGCAUUGCUCUCAGCAGCACAGGGACCGGACGGGCGCAGACAUUUUUUGAUGUGUCAGAGCCCCCUCCAGUCAUCCAAGUGCCUGAUAAUGUUACAGUCACUCCUGGAGAAAGAGCAGUUUUGACAUGUCUCGUCAUCAGUGCAGUGGAUUACAAUCUAACCUGGCAGAGGAAUGACCGAGAUGCCAGACUGGCAGACCCAGCAAGAAUGAGGAUCUUGGCUAACCUCUCAUUGGAGCUAAGGAGUGUGAAGUUCAACGAUGCUGGGGAGUAUCACUGUGUGGUUUCCAGUGAAGGAGGAUCAUCAGCUGCUUCAGUUUUCCUCACAGUGCAAGGGGAUCUUGAGCUGAGGCCCUCAACAUUCCUCCUUAUUGACCCUCUCUUGGGGCUUUUGAAGAUUCAAGAAACUCAAGACCUGGAUGCUGGUGAUUAUAUGUGUGUAGCUGUCAAUGAUGCUGGAAGAGCUGCUGGCAAGAUAACUCUGGAUGUUGGCUCACCUCCAGUUUUCAUACAAGAACCUGCUGAUGUUUCUGUGGAAAUUGGCUCAAAUGUGACAUUACCUUGCUAUGUUCAGGGUUAUCCAGAACCAAAGAUUAAAUGGCAGAGAUCAGACAUCAUGCCGAUCUUCUCAAGACCCUUUUCAGUGAGUUCCAUCAGCCAACUAAGAACAGGAGCUCUCUUUAUUUCAAAUUUAUGGGCAAAUGAUAAAGGAACCUAUAUUUGUGAAGCUGAAAACCAGUUUGGAAAGAUCCAGUCCCAGGCAACAAUAACAGUGACAGGACUUGUUGCUCCACUCAUUGGAAUCAGCCCUUCAGUGACCAGUGUCAUUGAAGGACAGCAGCUUACUUUGCCUUGUGCUCUGUUGGCUGGAAAUCCCAUUCCAGAACGUCGGUGGCUUAAAAAUUCAGCCAUGUUGGUCCAAAAUCCUUACAUCACUGUACGCAGUGACGGGAGUCUCCAUAUUGAAAGAGUUCGCCUUCAGGAUGGAGGCCAAUAUACUUGUGUGGCCAGUAAUGUUGCUGGAACCAUUAAUAAAACUACCACUCUGGAUGUGCAUGUUCUGCCAACCAUUCAGCAUGGGCAGCAGGUACUCAGCACAAUUGAAGGCAUUCCAGUAACUCUACCAUGCAAAGCAAGUGGAAUUCCCAAGCCAUCUAUCAUCUGGUCCAAGAAAGGGGAGCUGAUUUCCACCAGCAGUGCUAAGUUUUCCGCAGGGGCUGACGGAAGUUUGUAUGUGGUGUCACCUGGGGGUGAAGAGAGCGGGGAGUAUGUCUGCACCGCCACCAAUGCGGCUGGCUACGCCAAAAGGAAAGUGCAGCUGACCGUCUACGUAAGGCCCAGAGUGUUUGGAGAUCAACGAGGACUGUCCCAGGAUAAGCCUGUUGAGAUCUCCAUCCUUGCAGGGGAAGAGGUGACACUCCCAUGUGAAGUAAAGAGCUUACCCCCACCCAUCAUUACCUGGGCCAAAGAGACCCAACUCAUCUCUCCAUUCUCUCCAAGACACACAUUCCUCCCUUCUGGUUCAAUGAAGAUCAUUGAGACCCGUGUUUCAGAUAGUGGGAUGUAUCUUUGCGUUGCCACAAAUAUAGCUGGGAACGUGACUCAGUCUGUUAAAUUAAAUGUCCAUGUUCCUCCAAAGAUACAGCGUGGCCCUAAGCUUAUGAAAGUCCAAGUUGGUCAAAGAGUGGACAUUCCGUGCAACGCUCAAGGGACGCCUCUUCCUGUAAUCACGUGGUUUAAGGGCGGAAGUGCCUUGCUGGUUGACGGAGUGCAGCAUGUUAGCAAUUUAGAUGGAACGUUAAGCAUCGACCAAGCCAUGCUCUCUGAUGCCGGCCUAUAUACAUGUGUCGCUACUAACAUAGCAGGCAGUGAUGAGACGGAAAUAACACUACAAGUCCAAGAACCACCUACACUGGAAGACCUAGAACCUCCAUAUAACACUCCAUUCCAAGAAAGAGUGGCCAAUGAACGCAUUGCAUUUCCAUGUCCUGCAAAAGUUCCACCUACCAUUAAAGGAGGGAAUGUCACCACAAAAGUAACAGCAUUGAUCAACAGCAUAAUUAAGCUGGAAUGUGAAACACGGGGACUGCCGAUGCCUGCUAUUACUUGGUAUAAGGAUGGCCAACCAGUCAUAUCCAGCUCACAAGCACUUUAUAUUAAUAAAGGACAAUUUCUUCAUAUCCCUCGAGCACAGGUUUCUGAUUCAGGAACAUAUACAUGUCAUGCAACCAAUGUUGCUGGAACUGCUGAAAAGUCAUUUCAUGUGGACGUCUAUGUUCCUCCAGUGAUUGAAGGUGACUUGGCCGUACCUCUGAAUAAGCAAGUGGUUAUCGCUCAUUCGCUGACACUAGAGUGUAAAGCUACUGGCAACCCUCCUCCAGUUCUCACCUGGUUAAAAGAUGGUGUACCUAUGAAAGCCAGUGACAACAUCCGUACGGAAGCUGGUGGGAAGAAACUAGAAAUCAUGAGUGCCCUAGAAGUUGAUCGGGGACAGUAUGUAUGUGUGGCUACGAGUGUGGCUGGAGAAAAGGAAAUCAAAUACGAAGUUGAUGUCUUAGUGCCACCAGCUAUAGAAGGAGGAGAUGAAACAUCGUACUUCAUUGUGAUGGUUAAUAACUUACUGGAGCUAGAUUGCCAAGUGACGGGCUCUCCCACGCCAACUAUCAUGUGGCUAAAGGAUGGCCAGCUAACUGAUGAAAGGGAUGGAUUCAAGAUUUUACUAAAUGGACGCAAAUUGGUUAUUGCCCAAGCUCAAGUGUCAGAUACAGGCCUUUAUCGCUGUGUGGCAACAAACAUUGCUGGUGACCACGAGAAGGAAUUUGAAGUUACUGUUCAUGUUCCUCCAACAAUCAAAUCCUCAGGCCUUUCUGAGAGAGCCAUAGUGAAGCACAAGCCUAUCACCUUGCAGUGCAUUGCCAAUGGCAUUCCAAAUCCAUCUAUUACAUGGUUAAAAGAUGGCCAACCUGUAAAUACUGCCCGAGGAAACCUUAAAAUACAGUCUUCUGGUCGAGUUUUACAAAUUGCCAAAGCCCUGAUGGAAGAUGCCGGCAGAUACACAUGUGUGGCGACCAAUGCAGCUGGAGAAACCCAGCAGCACCUUCAGCUACAUGUGCAUGAACCGCCUAGUCUGGAGGAUGCAGGGAAGAUGCUGAAUGAGACUGUGGUGGUGAACAACCCCAUUCAGUUGGAGUGUAAGGCAGCUGGAAAUCCCUUUCCUGUUAUUACAUGGUACAAAGAUAAUCGUCCACUCUCAGGUUCCACCGGUGUGACUUUCUUGAAGAGAGGACAGAUCAUUGAUAUCGAAAGUGCCCAGAUAACCGAUGCUGGCAUAUAUAAAUGUGUAGCCAUCAACUCAGCUGGAGCUACAGAGUUAUUUUAUAGUCUGCAGGUCCAUGUGCCCCCAUCGAUUUCUGGCAGCAAUAACAUGGUAGCAGUGGUGGUUAAUAACUUGGUGAGGUUAGAAUGUGAAGCCAGAGGAAUCCCUGCCCCAAGUCUGACCUGGUUGAAAGAUGGGAGCCCUGUCUCUAGUUUUGCUAACGGGUUACAGGUUCUGUCUGGAGGCCGCAUCGUAGCACUGACCAGCGCUCAAAUCAGUGAUACUGGGAGAUAUACCUGCGUGGCAGUGAAUGCUGCUGGGGAGAAACAAAGGGACAUUGACCUCAGAGUAUACGUUCCACCAAAUAUUAUGGGAGAAGAACAGAACAUCUCUGUCCUCAUUAGCCAAGCUGUGGAGUUACUAUGUCAGAGUGACGCUAUCCCCCCACCUACUUUGACUUGGUUAAAGGAUGGCCGCCCGUUGCUGAAGAAACCAGGCCUCAGUAUCUCUGAAAAUGGAACUGUGUUAAAGAUUGAAGAGACUCAAGUUCAAGACACUGGUCGUUACACUUGUGAGGCAACAAAUGUUGCUGGAAAAACUGAGAAAAACUAUAAUGUCAACAUUUGGGUGCCACCAAAUAUUUAUGGUUCUGAUGAACUUGCUCAACUUACAGUCAUUGAAGGGAAUCUCAUUAGUUUAUUGUGUGAAUCAAGUGGUAUUCCGCCCCCAAAUCUCAUUUGGAAGAAGAAAGGCUCCCCAGUGCUGGCUGAUUCUGCAGGGCGAGUCAGAACUUUAUCUGGAGGCAGACAGUUACAGAUCUCAGUUGCGGAAAAAUCUGAUGCAGGGCUGUAUACGUGUGUGGCAUCAAAUGUUGCUGGAACUGCAAAGAAAGACUACAGUCUGCAAGUUUAUAUUCGACCAACUAUAUCCAAUAGUGGCAGCCACCCUACUGAAAUCAUUGUUACUCGAGGGAAGAGUAUUUCCUUGGAGUGUGAGGUGCAGGGUAUUCCUCAACCAAAAGUGACCUGGAUGAAAGAUGGCCGCCCUUUGACCAAGGGAAGGGGAAUGGAAAUAUUGGAUGAAGGUCGCAUCCUUCAGCUGAAGAACAUUCAUGUAUCUGACACAGGCCGUUAUGUGUGUGUUGCUGUAAAUGUAGCAGGAAUGACUGACAGAAAAUAUGACUUAAGUGUACAUACCCCUCCAGCCAUCACAGGAAACCAUGGGAUACCUGAAAAUAUCAGUGUCGUGGAAAAGAACUCAGUGUCUCUGACUUGUGAAGCUUCAGGAAUCCCCCUGCCUUCGAUUACCUGGCUUAAAGAUGGCUGGCCUGUCAACCUUAGCAGUUCUGUGAGAAUUCUCUCAGGAGGCAGGACUCUGCGGUUGAUGCAGACCAGAACAGAAGAUGGUGGCCAGUAUAUUUGCAUUGUAAGGAAUGCAGCUGGUGAAGAAAGAAAAAUCUUUGGACUUUCAGUAUUAGUGCCACCUCACAUUGUGGGUGAAAAUACAUUGGAAGAUGUGAAGGUAAAAGAGAAACAGAGUGUUAUACUGACUUGUGAAGUGACAGGGAAUCCAGUGCCAGAAAUUACAUGGCACAAAGAUGGACAGCUCCUCCAAGAAGAUGACACCCAUCACAUUAUGUCUGGUGGCCGUUUUCUUAAAAUUACCAAUGCCCAAGUGUCACAUACUGGAAGAUAUGCAUGUUUGGCUUCUAAUACAGCUGGUGACAAGAGCAGAAGUUUCAGUCUUAACGUGUUGGUAUCUCCUACAAUUGCUGGCGUUGAUAGUGAUGGUGGCCCUGAAGAUGUCACUGUUAUCCUUAACAGCCCCACAUCUUUGGUCUGUGAAGCCUAUUCAUAUCCUCCAGCCACCAUCACCUGGUUUAAGGAUGGAACACCUUUAGAAUCCAACCAAAAUAUUCGUAUUCUUCCAGGAGGUAGGACUCUGCAGAUCCUAAAUGCACAGGAGGACAAUGCUGGAAGAUACUCUUGUAUAGCCACUAAUGAGGCGGGGGAAAUGAUAAAGCACUAUGAAGUAAAGGUCUACAUUCCACCCAUCAUCAAUAAAGGGGACCUACUGGGGCCAGGUCUUUCCCCUAAAGAAGUGAAGAUCAAAGUCAACAAUACUCUGACUUUGGAAUGUGAAGCUUAUGCCAUUCCUUCUGCCUCUCUCAGCUGGUACAAGGAUGGACAGCCCCUUAAAUCAGAUGAUCAUGUCAUUAUUGCUGCAAGUGGACAUACACUUCAAAUAAAGGAGGCUCAGAUAUCAGAUACUGGACGGUAUACUUGUGUAGCAUCUAAUAUUGCAGGUGAAGAUGAGCUGGAUUUUGAUGUGAAUAUACAAGUUCCUCCAAGUUUUCAGAAACUCUGGGAAAUGGGAAACAUGCUGGAUUCUGGCAGGAGUGGUGAAGCUAAGGAUGUGAUCAUCAACAAUCCCAUUUCUCUUUACUGUGAAACAAAUGCUGCACCUCCUCCUACCCUGACAUGGUACAAAGAUGGCCAUCCUCUGACCUCCAGUGAUAGGGUGUUGAUUCUACCAGGAGGGCGAGUGUUGCAGAUUCCCCGGGCCAAAGUAGAAGAUGCGGGGAGAUACACGUGUGUGGCUGUGAAUGAAGCAGGAGAAGAUGCUCUUCAGUAUGACCUUCGUGUACUCUUGCCUCCAGUUAUUAAGGGAGCAAAUAGUGAUCUCCCUGAAGAGGUCACCGUGCUGGUGAAUAAGAGCACACUGAUGGAGUGUUUAUCCAGUGGCAGCCCAGCACCAAGGAAUUCCUGGCAAAAGGAUGGGCAGCCUUUGCUAGAAGAUGGACAUCAUAAGUUUCUAUCUAAUGGAAGAAUUCUGCAGAUUCUAAACACUCAAAUAACAGAUAUUGGCAGAUAUGUGUGUAUUGCUGAGAACACAGCUGGAAGUGCCAAAAAAUAUUUUAACCUCAACGUUCAUGUUCCUCCAAGUGUCAUUGGUCCUAACCCUGAAAAUCUCACUGUUGUGGUGAACAAUUUCAUCUCUUUGACCUGUGAGGUCUCUGGUUUUCCACCUCCGGAUCUCAGCUGGCUCAAGAAUGAACAGCCUAUCAAGCUAAAUACAAAUGCUCUUAUUGUGCCUGGUGGUCGAACUCUACAAAUUAUUCGGGCAAAGGUAUCUGAUGGUGGAGAAUACACUUGUAUAGCUAUCAACCAAGCUGGUGAAAGCAAGAAAAAAGUUUUCCUGACUGUUUAUGUGCCCCCAAGCAUUAAAGAUCAUGGCAGUGAAUCUCUUUCUGUAGUUAAUGUAAGAGAGGGGACCUCAGUGUCAUUGGAGUGUGAGUCAAAUGCUGUCCCCCCUCCAGUCAUCACCUGGUAUAAGAAUGGGCAGAUGAUAACAGAGUCUACUCACUUGGAGAUUUUAGCAGAUGGACAAAUGCUGCACAUCAAGAAAGCUGAGGUAUCUGACACAGGCCAGUAUGUAUGUAGAGCUAUAAAUGUAGCAGGACGGGAUGAUAAAAAUUUCCACCUCAAUGUAUAUGUGCUACCCAGUAUCGAAGGGCCUGAAAAUGAAGUGGUUGUUGAGACAAUCAGCAAUCCUGUGACCUUAACAUGCGAUGCCACUGGAAUCCCACCUCCCACAAUAGCAUGGUUAAAGAACCACAAGCCCAUAGAAAAUUCUGACUCACUUGAAGUACAUAUUUUGUCUGGAGGUAGCAAACUCCAAAUUGCUCGGUCUCAGCAUUCAGAUAGUGGAAACUAUACAUGCAUUGCAUCAAAUAUGGAGGGAAAAGCACAGAAAAAUUACAUUCUUUCAAUUCAAGUUCCUCCAAGUAUUGCUGGUGCUGAAAUUCCAAGUGAAGUCAGCGUUCUUCAGGGGGAAAACGUUGAGCUGGCCUGCAAUGCAAAUGGCAUUCCCACCCCACUUAUUCAGUGGCUUAAAGAUGGAAAGCCCAUAAAUAACAGUGAAACAGAAAGAAUCCGGGUGACUGCAGAUGGCAGUACAUUAAACAUUUAUGGAGCUCUCCCAUCUAACGUGGGGAAAUACACAUGUGUCGCUUCUAACCCUGCUGGAGAAGAAGACCAAAUUUUUAACUUGAAUGUCUAUGUUCCACCUGCAAUUAGGGGUAAUAAAGAAGAAGCAGAGAAACUAAUGACUUUGGUGGAUACUUCAAUAAAUAUUGAAUGCAGAGCCACAGGGACACCCCCACCACAGAUAAACUGGCUAAAGAAUGGACUUCCUCUGCCUCUCUCCUCCCAUAUCCGGUUGCUAUCAGGAGGGCAGGUUAUCAGGAUUGUGAGAGCUCAGGUGUCUGAUGUUGCUGUGUACACGUGUGUGGCCUCCAACAGAGCUGGGGUGGAUAAUAAACAUUAUAGUCUUCGAGUUUUGGUGCCACCAACUCUGGACAAUGCAAUGGGAACAGAGGAGAUCACAAUAGUCAAGGGUAGUUCUACCUCCAUGACAUGCUUUACAGAUGGAACCCCAACUCCCAGGAUGUCCUGGCUUAGAGAUGGGCAUCCUCUGGGUCCUAAUACCCGUCUGACAGUAAGCACUCAAGGAAUGGUUCUUCAGCUCAACAAAGCAGAGACUGAAGAUUCGGGAAGGUACAUCUGCAUUGCCUCAAAUGAAGCUGGAGAAGUCAGCAAACACUUUAUCCUGAAGGUCCUGGAACCACCUCAUAUCAAUGGAUCAGAAGAACCUGUAGAAAUAUCAGUGAUUGUUAAUAAUCCACUUGAACUUACCUGCUUUGCUUCUGGAAUCCCAACUCCUAAAAUUACCUGGAUGAAGGAUGGACGGCCCCUCCCACAGACAGGUCAGGUACAAACUCUUGGAGGUGGAGAGAUCCUUCAAAUAUCUAGUGCUCAGGUGGAGGAUACAGGAAGAUAUACGUGUCUGGCAUCCAGUACUUCAGGAGAUGAUGAUAAAGAAUAUUUAGUGAGAGUGCAUGUACCCCCUAACAUUGCUGGAACUGAUGAGUCCCAGGAUUUCACUGUGUUACGGAACAGACAAGUGACAUUGGAAUGCAAAUCGGAUGCAGUGCCUCCCCCUGUAAUCACUUGGCUUAAAAAUGGAGAACGGUUACAGGCAACACCUCGAAUACGAAUCCUAUCUGGAGGGAGAUACUUGCAAAUUAAUAAUGCAGAUCUAAGUGAUACAGCCAAUUAUACUUGUGUGGCCAGCAACAUUGCAGGAAGGACUACAAGAGGAUUUAUUCUCACUGUAAAUGUUCCUCCAAACAUAAAGAGUGGCCCCCAGAGUCUUAUCAUUCACUUAAAUACGUCAACUGUAUUGGAAUGCCUUGCUGAGGGUGUGCCAACCCCAAGGAUAACAUGGAGAAAGGAUGGUGCUGUUCUAUCUGCAAGUCAUGCAAGAUACUCCAUCUUGGAAAAUGGAUUCCUUCAUAUCCAGUCAGCACACAUCACAGAUACUGGGCGAUAUUUGUGUAUGGCUACCAAUGCUGCUGGAACAGACCGCAGGCGAAUAGAUUUACAAGUCCAUGUUCCUCCAUCCAUUGCUCUGGGUCCUACCAACAUAACUGUAACAGUAAAUGUUCAAACUACUUUGGCUUGUGAGGCUGCUGGGAUACCAAAACCAUCAAUCAGGUGGAGGAAAAAUGGGCAUCUUCUUAAUGUGGAUCAAAAUCAGAAUUCAUACAGGCUCCUUUCUUCAGGUUCACUAGUAAUUAUUUCCCCUUCUGUGGAUGACACUGCAACCUAUGAGUGCACUGUGACAAAUGAUGCCGGGGAGGAUAAGAGAACCAUGGAUCUCACUGUCCAAGUCCCACCUUCCAUAGCUGAUGAGCCUACGGACUUUCUAGUAACCAAACGUGCCCCAACGGUUAUUACCUGCACUGCUUCAGGAGUUCCAUUUCCCUCAAUUCACUGGACAAAAAAUGGGAUAAGACUACUUCCCAGGGGAGACGGUUAUAGAAUUCUGUCCUCAGGAGCCAUUGAAAUAUUUGCCACUGAGUUAAACCAUGCUGGAAGAUACACUUGUGUCGCCAGGAACGCAGCUGGUUCUGCACAUCGACACGUGACCCUUUAUGUCCAGGAGUCUCCAGUCAUUCAGCCUCAGCCAAGUGAACUAGAUGUCAUUGUGAACAAUCCCAUUUUAUUACCAUGUGAAGCAACAGGGACACCCAGUCCUUUCAUUACUUGGCAAAAAGAAGGCAUCAAUGUCAUCACUGCAGGCAAAAGCCAUGCAGUUCUUCCCAGUGGCGGCUUGCAGAUCUCCAGAGCUGUCAGAGAAGAUGCUGGUACUUACAUGUGCGUGGCUCAGAAUCCAGCUGGUACAGCCUUAGGCAAAAUCAAAUUAAAUGUUCAAGUUCCUCCAGUCAUUAGCCCCCAUCCAGAGGAAUAUAUUACUGCUCUGGAUAAGCCCAUCUCCCUACCGUGUGAGGCAGGUGGCUUCCCACCACCUGACAUUACCUGGCAUAAAGAUGGGCAUGCAAUUGUGGAAUCAAUCCGCCAGCGCAUCCUCAGCUCUGGGGCUCUGCAAAUCGCAUUUGCUCAGCCUGAUGAUGCCGGCCAGUACACGUGCAUGGCAACUAACGUGGCAGGAUCAAGCAGCAUGAGCACCAAGCUCAUUGUCCAUGUACCUCCUAGAAUCCGAAGUACAGAAAUACACUACACGGUCAAUGAGAAUUCACAAGCCAUUCUUCCAUGCAUGGCUGAUGGAAUCCCCACACCAGCAAUUAACUGGAAAAAAGACAAUGUUCUUUUAGCUAACUUGUUAGGAAAAUAUACCAUUGAACCCUAUGGAGAACUUACUCUGGAAAAUGUUGUGCCAGAGGAUUCUGGCACCUAUACUUGUGUUGCUAAGAACGCUGCAGGUGAAGACACGCAUAUGGUCAGCCUGACCGUACAUGUUCUCCCCACUUUCACUGAACUUCCUGGAGAUACGUCAUUAACUAAAGGGGAACAGCUACGAUUAAGCUGUAAAGCCACUGGGAUUCCAUUGCCCAAGUUAACGUGGACCUUCAAUAACAAUAUUAUCCCAGCCCACUUUGACAGUGUUAAUGGACAUAGUGAACUUGUUAUUAAAAGAGUGUCAAAAGAGGAUUCAGGUACUUACGUGUGCAUCGCAGAGAACAGCGUCGGUUUUGUGAAGGCAAUUGGAUUUGUUUAUGUGAAAGAACCUCCAGUCUUCAAAGGUGAUUACCCUUCUAACUGGAUUGAACCACUUGGUGGUAAUGCAGUCUUGAAUUGUGAAGCGAAAGGAGAUCCUGCCCCAACCAUCCAAUGGAACAGAAAGGGGGUGGAUAUUGAAAUUAACCACAGAAUCCGUCAACUGGUCAAUGGCUCUCUGGCCAUUUAUGGCACUGUAAAUGAAGAUGCUGGUGAUUAUACAUGCGUAGCGACCAAUGAUGCUGGGGUGGUGGAGCGCAGCAUGAGUCUGACUCUGCAGAGUCCUCCUAUUAUCACUCUUGAGCCAGUAGAAACUGUUAUUAAUGCAGGUGACAAAGUCAUAUUGAAUUGUCAGGCAACUGGAGAACCUCAUCCGACCAUUACAUGGUCCCGUCAAGGGCACUCUGUCCCCUGGGAUGACCGAGUUAAUGUGUUGUCCAACAACUCAUUACAUAUUGCUGCUGCUCAGAAAGAAGAUACGUCUGAAUAUGAAUGUGUUGCUCGAAACUUGAUGGGUUCUGUCCUUGUCAGAGUGCCGGUCAUAGUCCAGGUUCAUGGUGGAUAUUCCCAGUGGUCUACAUGGAGAGCCUGCAGUGUCACCUGUGGAAAAGGCAUCCAAAAGAGAAGUCGUCUUUGCAACAACCCCUCUCCAGCCAAUGGUGGGAAGCCUUGCCAAGGGUCAGAUUCAGAAAUGCGAAACUGUCAGCGUAAGCUGUGUCCAGUGGAUGGUAGCUGGUCAGAAUGGAGCCCUUGGGAAGAAUGCACAAGGAGUUGUGGACGUGGCAACCGAACAAGGACCAGAACUUGCAAUAAUCCGUCAGCUCAAUAUGGUGGGCGGCCAUGUGAAGGAAAUGCAAUAGAAAUAAUCAUGUGCAACAUUAGGCCCUGCCCAGUUCAUGGAGCAUGGGGCACUUGGCAGCCUUGGAGUGCAUGCAGCGAAAGUUGUGGUAAAGGUGCCCAGAUAAGGACCAGACUGUGCAAUAAUCCACCACCAUCAUUUGAUGGAUCCUAUUGUGAUGGGGCAGAAACACAGAUGCAAGUUUGUAAUGAAAGACACUGUCCAGUUGAUGGCAAGUGGGCAGCUUGGACCAGUUGGAGUACCUGUACUGUGUCCUGUGGAGGAGGUGCCAGACAGAGAACAAGGGAGUGCUCUGAUCCUGUCCCCCUGUAUGGAGGAAGCAGAUGUGAAGGGAGUGAUGUCCAGAGCGAUUUUUGCAAUAAUGACCCUUGUCCAAUUCAUGGUAACUGGAGUCCUUGGAGUGGCUGGGGAAUGUGCAGCCGGACAUGCAACGGGGGGCAGAUGCGGCGGUUCCGCACAUGUGAUAACCCUCAUCCCUCCAACGGUGGAAGAGCUUGUGGGGGGCCAGACUCCCAGAUCCAGAGGUGCAACACUGACAUGUGUCCUGUGGAUGGAAGUUGGGGAAACUGGCAUAAUUGGGGCCAGUGCUCUGCCUCUUGCGGAGGAGGUGAAAAGACUCGAAAACGGCUGUGCAACAAUCCAGUGCCAUCUAAAAGCGGGCGCCCCUGUCCAGGAGAUGCUACUCAGGUGUCCAGAUGCAAUAUGCAAGCAUGUCCAGGUGGGCCCCAGCGAGCCAGAGGAAGUGUUAUUGGAAAUAUUAAUGAUGUUGAAUUUGGAAUUGCUUUCCUUAAUGCCACAGUAACAGAUAGUCCUACCUUUGAUACUAGAAUAAUACACGCCAAAAUUACCAACAUACCUCGCAGCCUUGGUCCAGCAAUGAGAAAAAUAGUUUCUAUUCUAAAUCCCAUUUAUUGGACAACAGCAAAGGAAAUAGGAGAAGCAGUCAAUGGCUUUACCCUCACCAAUGCAGUCUUCAAGAGAGAAACCCAGGUGGAAUUUGCAACUGGAGAAAUCUUGCGGAUGACUCAUACUGCCCGGGGCUUGGAUUCUGAUGGUGCUUUGCUCCUAGAUAUCGUUGUGAGUGGCUAUGUCCUGCAGCUUCAGUCACCUGCUGAAGUCACUGUAAAGGAUUACACAGAGGACUACAUUCAGACAGGUCCCGGGCAGCUGUACGCCUACUCAACCCGGCUGUUCACCAUUGAUGGCGUCAGCGUCCCAUACAUGUGGAACCACACCGUUUUCUAUGAUGAGGCCCAGGGAAGAAUGCCUUUCUUGGUAGAAACACUUCAUGCUUCCUCUGUGGAAUCUGACUACAACCAGUUAGAAGAGACACUGGCGUUUAAAAUCCAUGCUUCAAUUUCCAAAGGAGAUCGCAGUAAUCAAUGCCCCUCGGGAUUUGCCUUAGACUCAGUUGGACCUUUUUGUGCUGAUGAAGAUGAAUGUGCAGCUGGGAGUCCCUGCUCCCAGAUCUGCCACAAUACCGUGGGAACCUAUUAUUGCUCCUGCUCAAAAGGCCUCACCAUAGCUGCAGAUGGAAGGACUUGUCAAGAUAUUGAUGAGUGUGCUUUAGGUGGACACACCUGCCAUGCUGGUCAGGACUGUGACAAUACCAUUGGAUCCUAUCGCUGUGUGGUCCGUUGUGGAAUGGGCUUUCGAAGAACCUCCGAUGGGCUGAGUUGCCAAGAUAUUAAUGAAUGUCAAGAAUCCAGCCCCUGUCACCACCGCUGUUUCAAUGCCAUAGGAAGUUUUCAUUGUGGAUGUGAACCUGGGUAUCAGCUCAAAGGUAGAAAAUGCGUAGACGUGAAUGAAUGUCGACAGAAUGUAUGCAGACCAGAUCAACACUGCAAGAACACCCGCGGGGGCUAUAAGUGCAUUGAUCUUUGUCCCAACGGAAUGACCAAGGCCAAAAAUGGAACCUGCAUUGAUAUUGAUGAAUGUAAAGAUGGGACCCAUCAGUGCAGAUAUAACCAGAUAUGUGAGAAUACGAGAGGCAGCUAUCGCUGUGUGUGUCCCAGAGGUUUCCGGUCUCAAGGAGUUGGAAGACCGUGUAUGGACAUUAAUGAAUGUGAACAGGUGCCUAAGCCUUGUGCAUAUCAGUGCUCCAACACCCCCGGCAGCUUCAAGUGUAUCUGUCCACCAGGACAACAUUUAUUAGGGGACGGGAAAUCUUGCGCUGGAUUGGAGAGGCUGCCUCAUUAUGGCACUCAGUACAGUAGCUAUAACCUUGCACGGUUCUCCCCUAUGAGAAACAACUAUCAACUUCAACAGCAUUACAGACAGUACUCACAUCUCUACAGCUCCUACUCAGAGUAUAGAAACAGCAGAACAUCUCUCUCCAGGACUAGAAGGACUAUUAGGAAAACUUGCCCUGAAGGCUCUGAGGAGAGCCGAGACACAUGUGUAGAUAUUGAUGAAUGUGAAAAUAGAGACAUUUGCCAGCACGAGUGUAAAAAUACCUUUGGGAGCUAUCACUGUAUCUGUCCGCCUGGCUAUCAACUCAUGCUCAAUGGAAAGGUUUGUCAAGAUGUUGAUGAGUGUCUGGAGCAGAGUGUGCGCUGUGGGCCAAAUCGCAUGUGCUUCAACAUGAGAGGAAGCUACCAGUGCAUCGAUACCCCCUGUCCAGCCAACUACCAGCGGGAUCCUGUUUCAGGGUUCUGCCUCAAGAACUGUCCACCCAAUGAUUUGGAAUGUGCCUUGAGCCCAUAUGCCUUGGAAUACAAACUUGUCUCUCUCCCAUCUGGAAUAGCUGCCAAUCAAGAUUUAAUCCGGCUGGUAGCAUACACGCAGGAUGGAGUGAUGCAUCCCAGGACAACUUUCCUCAUGGUAGAUGAGGAAGAGACUGUUCCUUUUGCCUUAAGGGAUGAAAACCUGAAAGGAGUGGUGUACACAAGGCGACCACUGCGAGAACCAGAGACCUACCGCAUGAGGGUUCGAGCCUCAUCCUACAGUGCCAAUGGGACCAUUGAGUAUCAGACCACAUUCAUAGUUUAUAUAGCUGUGUCUGCCUAUCCAUACUAAGAAGCUCUCCAGAGCCUAAUCCACAUAUUUAAACUGCAUUAAUCAUGGGAAUCCAGUCCCCUUCCAGAUUACCAUCUCCUGAACAGUUGCAAUCUUGGCAACUUGAAAAUGGUGCUAUGCUCUGUUUUGUGUGCCUUCCUUGGUACUGGUGAGGUAUUUUCAUGAUCCCACCAUGGUCAUAUCUUUUGGUAAGGUCUAGAAAGGUCCCUCAUUAUUUUUCUUUAUUUAUUACACUGGAGCAGUUAUUUUCCAAAGAUUAUUCUGAACAUCUCACAGGAGGACCUAACAGUGAUGUUUUAGAGUAGCAUAGUAGCUAAGAUCAUUUUCCUUAAAAGAAAGAAAAAAGAAAACAAAAAUAACUCACUCGAAGCCAAGUGAAUUUUUGAGCAUUUGGCCAUUUUUAGAAUAAGAAAACUGGUUGCUAUGUGUUUUGAUCAAAGCUUAUUAAGUAACUUAUAAAGAUGCUUUUUUUUUUUUUUUAAGUAUUGAUACUUUAUAAUGGGACUUCGACACCUAUUUUCAUCUUAAGGGAAAAAAGAAACACCACUCAUUUUAGAAAUAUAGUACGGCUUCUAGAAUGUUUCUUUGAUACCAAAUAGUGUUCACGUGGACUGAGCAUCCAAAAUAAGGAUAUUAUUUUCAGUGAUUUUGUGAAAUGAGCUGAACCAGAUAAUAGAAAAUAGAAAUAGAUAAUAGAAAAAAAAAUAUUGCUUCAUCCUCAGAUAAUUGUUCAUGGCAUGGAUCUUUGAUAUAACCUUCCUUCCAGUUAGCUCCAUAACUUGUACAUUCCAGCAUUUUAUUUUCCAGUCAAGUGGAAGCAACUUUUACAAAUACCAAUGGGACAGUUUUCUUUGUUUUUCUUAAAAAUCUUAUAUGUUCAAAUUAGCAUAAAUGUUGAACGUCAAUACACUGUACAUGGUGGUAACAGACUCUGGAAGCGAUUGCCAAGAUGUAUUCUAUUUUUAUGAAAUGUAUAUAUAUUACCUUGGUGUAUUUUCUAUAUAAUAUCUUGAUGGACUUUUUUAUAAAAUUAUUUUGUAAAACAAAAAACAAUGUUACAGUCAAACCAGCCUGAAUAAAAUUUUCACAUCCCUUUUCUUAA